CUCUCUUUCUUUCUAUAAACACUGCAUUUUCAUGAGUCUUCUUUUUCUUCCCUUUUCUCCAUUUUUUUUCUACAUGAAACUUCAACUCUCUUGUCUUCAUCAAUCUUACUGUUUCUUGUAACCAGUUAUAAUUUUGCAAAUAUGGCCAUUUUGACUUUGCCUUUUACAUUCCAUGCAUUUCUUGAAAUCCAUGCACAUAUUCAGAAGAUCAAAAACACCCUUUAAAAGUGUACCAAUCUUGACAUUUUUCAAUAUCUUUUUAAGCUGAAAAAAGAAUGGCUAGUUCUUGUUUUAAUCCGUUUAAGCUACGAAGAUCGAAAAGUAAACCAUUAUCAGUACCAUCAUCCUCAAGAACACGGUGGAAUUCAGCAGAUAUGGCAACAAUGGAAAAGAAGAGAUUUGAUAGUUUAGAGUCAUGGUCAAUGAUAUUAGAAUCUGAUAAUGUUGAAACUUGGGAAACAUCAAAGGAAGAUCAAAAAGAAGAUUGGACAGCUGAUUUAUCUCAGCUUUUUAUUGGUAAUAAAUUUGCCUCAGGAGCACAUAGCAGGAUUUAUAGAGGGAUUUAUAAGCAAAGAGCAGUUGCUGUGAAAAUGGUGAGGAUUCCAACUCAUAAGGAGGAGACUAGAGCUAAACUUGAACAACAGUUCAAGUCUGAAGUUGCUCUGCUUUCUCGCCUCUAUCAUCCCAAUAUAGUGCAGUUCAUCGCCGCGUGUAAGAAACCUCCUGUAUAUUGUAUCAUUACAGAGUACAUGUCACAAGGAACUCUGAGGAUGUACCUCAACAAGAAAGAACCAUAUUCACUUUCAACAGAAACUGUUCUAAGGUUAGCACUUGAUAUAUCAAGAGGAAUGGAGUAUCUUCAUUCACAAGGGGUUAUCCAUAGAGACUUGAAAUCAAGUAAUUUACUCCUAAAUGAUGCGAUGCGCGUUAAGGUGGCUGAUUUUGGCACGUCGUGUCUUGAAACACAGUGCAGAGAGGCUAAAGGUAAUAUGGGAACGUAUCGAUGGAUGGCACCAGAGAUGAUAAAAGAGAAACCUUAUACUCGGAAAGUUGAUGUUUACAGUUUUGGGAUUGUGCUGUGGGAACUCACAACAGCUUUGUUGCCAUUUCAAGGAAUGACACCAGUGCAGGCUGCUUUUGCUGUUGCUGAAAAGAACGAACGACCACCCUUGCCAGCAAGUUGUCAACCUGCACUAGCACAUCUGAUAAAGCGCUGUUGGGCAGCUAACCCUUCAAAAAGGCCAGAUUUCACACACAUUGUAUCUGCUUUAGAAAAAUAUGAUGAAUGUGUCAAAGAAGGACUUCCAUUGACACUUCAUUCAGGGCUAGUUAGUCGAAACGCCAUUAUUGAACGCUUGAAAGCCUGUGUAUCCAUGAGAUCUUCAUCUAUACCUGUACAUGUCUGAAUCUUGAUAUCAAUAAUAAUCAUAGUCAUUAACAUUCUAUAAUUCAACAGGUAAUUGGUAAAUUACUAGUUGUAUAUAUUCAAUGUGUUCUUGUUUUUCUGAUGUAACAUGUGUUGAAGAAAUUCUAACAUUAUUGUGAAUGGACUUCAAAGGUGGCAUUUCUA